CUUCUUAGGCAUAUCACACCUGAAAAAUUUUAUGUGGAAGCUUGUGAUGAUGGAGCAGAUGAUGUGCUUACCAUUGACCGUGUGUCCACAGAGGUUACUCUUGCAGUCAAGAAAGAUGUUCCUCCUUCAGCUGUCACAAGACCAAUAUUUGGUAUACUGGGCACAAUUCGUCUGGUGGCAGGUAAUUAUCUUAUUGUCAUUACCAAAAAGACAAAAAUAGGUGAAUUUUUCAAUCAUGUAAUCUGGAAAGCAACAGAUUUUGAUGUCCUUUCUUAUAAGAAGACAAUGUUACACUUAACUGAUAUUCAGUUACAAGAUAAUAAAACUUUCUUAGCAAUGAUAAGCCAUGUCCUGAGUAUGGAUGGAUUUUACUUUUCAACGACAUAUGAUUUGACCCAUACUUUGCAGCGGCUGUCUAAUACUAGUCCAGAAUUCCAAGAAAUGAGUCUCCUGGAGAGGGCAGAUCAGCGGUUUGUAUGGAAUGGUCAUCUUCUCAGAGAACUUUCUGCUCAGCCAGAGGUCCAUCGGUUUGCUCUUCCAGUGUUACAUGGCUUUAUUACUAUGCAUUCGUGCUCUAUUAAUGGAAAGUACUUUGAUUGGAUUCUCAUCUCAAGGAGGAGUUGUUUUAGAGCUGGUGUGCGCUAUUAUGUAAGAGGAAUUGAUUCUGAAGGCCAUGCAGCUAACUUUGUAGAAACAGAACAAAUUGUACACUACAAUGGGAGCAAGGCUUCAUUUGUACAGACUCGAGGAUCAAUACCUAUCUUCUGGUCCCAAAGACCAAACCUCAAGUAUAAACCACUGCCACAGAUCAACAAAGUAGCAAAUCAUAUGGAUGGUUUCCAAAGGCAUUUUGAUUCACAAGUAAUUAUUUAUGGAAAACAAGUCAUAAUCAAUCUGGUUAACCAGAAGGGCUCAGAGAAGCCACUUGAACAGACAUUUGCAACAAUGGUUUCUUCCUUGGGAAGUGGAAUGAUCAGAUAUAUCGCCUUUGACUUCCAUAAGGAAUGUGGAAAGAUGAGAUGGGAUCGACUAAGUAUUUUAUUGGAUCAGGUAGCAGAAACACAAGAUGAAUUAAGUUAUUUUCUAGUGGACUCUGCUGGCAAGGUGAUGACCAACCAGGAAGGUGUGUUCCGAAGCAAUUGCAUGGAUUGUUUAGAUAGAACCAAUGUGAUCCAGAGUUUGUUAGCUCGUCGUUCACUUCAGGCCCAGCUUCAGAGACUAGGAGUUUUACAUGUGGGACAAAAGCUUGAAGAACAAGAUAAAUUUGAGAAGAUUUACAAAAAUGCCUGGGCUGACAACGCAAAUGCUUGUGCCAAACAGUAUGCGGGAACUGGUGCCUUGAAGACUGACUUUACCAGAACUGGGAAGAGAACUCAGUUGGGACUUAUAAUGGAUGGCUGGAACUCACUGAUACGAUAUUACAAGAACAACUUCUCUGAUGGAUUUAGACAGGAUUCCAUAGACUUAUUUCUUGGAAACUAUUCAGUGGAUGAAUUAGAAUCUCAUAGUCCUUUAAGUGUUCCAAGGGAUUGGAAAUUCCUGGCUUUACCUAUCAUCAUGGUUGUUGCCUUUUCUAUGUGCAUUAUCUGUUUGCUUAUGGCUGGUGAUACUUGGACAGAAACACUGGCCUAUGUGCUCUUCUGGGGAGUUGCAAGCAUCGGAACGUUUUUUAUUAUUCUUUACAAUGGCAAAGAUUUUGUUGAUGCUCCCAGAUUGGUCCAGAAAGAAAAGAUAGACUGAAUUUGUGUUUGUGGAAAGCGGCUUGGCUUGGAAGAUUCCAUUAUGCAGAACUGGAGUCUUUACUGACCUGCUUUCCACGUCAGCCCCGUGGUCUUUUUAAAGACUUUAUCUGAAAGCACAUCUUGUGCUCUUUGUGUGAUGAUGACUUAGAAUUGAUCUGAUGUUACUGCCUUGAUGAUCUCUUCACUAUUGGGACAGUUAUAUUUAUAAUUUGAAGCUAUUCUAUAAUUAAAAUAUAACCUGAAUUCAGCUCA